AAAUUCCCAGAGCACGAACAACCCACAGCCAUUUCACUACAUCAGGCUGUCCUGGAUCGGAAUCCCCAAACUCCACAUCUAGGGUUAGAACAAGAGAAGAGCAAUGAAAAUCUCCAGGUCUGGAUGCCUAGUCCUUUCAUUUAUCCUCAUGUGUGGGCUGGCCCCAGAAGUUGCAGCAGAUGUUGAAGAAGCCGCAGACGGUCUUAGCACUACCCAGGAACCCAUAUGGCUCACAGACAUCCCAGCUACCGAGGAGCUCAUCAAGGCUGCUGAAGUGGCCAUCAUAGGGUUCUUCCAGGACUUAGAAAUACCGAUAGUGUCCAUAUUCCGCAGCAUGGCACAACAGUUCCGUGACAUAUCAUUUGGAAUCAGCAACAGUUCUGAGGUUCUGGCCCACUACAACAUCACCAGAAACAGCAUCUGCCUCUUCCGACUGGUUGAUAAUGGACAACUGCAUUUGGAUGCUGCAGACAUUGAAAGCUUAGAUGCCGCCAAGUUGAGCCGUUUCAUUCAGAUGCACAGCCUCCGCUGGGUGACAGAGUACAGCCCAAUGAUUGCAGCUGGCUUAUUUAACACCAUGGUUCAGACUCACCUUCUCUUGAUUAUGAAUAAGGCUUCCCCAGAGUAUGAAGAGAGCAUGCAGAGAUACAGGGAGGCAGCUAAGCUCUUCCAGGGACAGAUCCUCUUUGUUCUGGUGGACAGCGGCAGGGGGGAAAACCGAAAGGUGGUAGCCUAUUUCCAACUAAAGGAGUCUCAGCUGCCGGCUUUGGCCAUUUAUGAAACUGUGGAAGACAAGUGGGACACGCUGCCUGUCACAGAAGUCACAGUGGAGAAAGUCCAAGACUUCUGCCAUGGCUUCCUGAAAGGGACGCUGCUGAGAGAUCACAAAGCGGAAGAAGAUGCGGAUGCCAGGAAGGAGGAGCUCUGAGCUCUCCCUGGUACUUUGGCUCACUGCGAAGUGUCUAUUCUGUGCUGAAUAAAAAGGGGCAGUUCGAAUCUCCCCACCAGUGGACACGGGUGUUCUAACAGGGCGCGGGAGGGUCACCAAGCUUCCUUUGUAUCUGAGCAUCUCCCUUUCUUGCCUCCUUUGUUCUCAACUUUCCAUCAUCUCCUUCACACAGCCUAAUUUCU